AUGGGGUUCGUAAAGGCGGAGGAAUUCGUGAACCACUACAUGCGCGUGAACAGAGAAAUCAAGGAGUUGUCCAGCAGAAAAAACGAGGAGUUCAAAUUCAACAUUUUCAUUUUCUACUACAACGACAUAGACUCCAUUUGCACGGAGCACAUUUUACACUUUCACAAAAAUGUAAAAAGAGAUAUCAAUAUAUUUAGUUAUGGGAUCGAAAAGAAGGAGGACCUACUAAACUUUUGCAAGAAGUACGAAGAUGUGUAUUCCAAAAAUAUGAACUACUAUAGAGACUACUUCUAUGAGGUGAUAAUGAUUGGGAUGUGUUCACAUAUGAAUACAGAUGGAGAUGUGUACACCCUCGUGGAAAAUUUUUUUACAAAUAUUAUGAACAAGAACUACGUGGGGUAUUUGAAAUUCUUCGUUAUCGACAAUAGGAGGCCUUACCAUGAGAUUUUUGAAACGAGUGAUAAGUGGGACUUGGUUCUAACUGAGGGGGAGAUGAUGGACGUGAUGGCGAUAUAUAGUAGCGCUGUCGGGGGGAAGGGGAACGCCACCGGGGAGGACGAAACCGAUAAGGGUGCAACGGAUAAGGGCGCAACCGAUAAGGGCGCAGCGGAUAAAGAAAGUAACGAUCCGAUGAAAGGAGGAAAAGGGAAAAAGAACGCUCAACAGAAGUUGCAAAAUUAUUACAACACUGUGAAGGAAGAAAACAAGUGCAUGUGUCUAAUGAUUUACCCAUUCAUCCAAUGCGUGGGCGAAGACGACUCCUCAGCAAUUAUCUUCAUCUCAAGCGUAUCCUUAAUUUCCUACUUAAAAACAGACGCAAUAACAUAUGAUUAUUACAACAAAGAGAUAAAAAAUUUACAUAACGACUCGAUGAAUAUAUCGAAUGGACACUUUAUCUCGUUCGAUCGUGAGCGAGGGCUGCUACCCAUGUUGUCCUUCAUGUCACUAAACGAGUCGCUAGAAAUAGAUGAACGCAUAUACAUCUACGACCACAAGAAUGUUAAGAAUACCUUCAAUAAAAUUCGAACCAUGUGUCACAUAGAGAUAAAAGAAUUCACAGGAAAUUUCAGGCAAUUGGAUUUAAAAAAGCAGAAUGAAAUCCUCAUUAAGCUAAAGGCUUUUAUAAAAAUAAUCAAGCCAAUGAAUAGUCUCGCAUGGAAACGAAGAACCUACGUUCUGUACAAUAGUGAUUCCUUUUACUUCAUGAUCGUCCUUAUCUACAUAUAUAUUAACAGAAUCAAAAAAAUGGAUUCAUAUUUGUAUAAUUGCCUCAAAACGUCAGAUUUUCUCUACAACAUUUUUAAGGACCGACUAAAGCAGUCAGAAAUUUACGACAAGCUUAUUGAGAAGCAUCUACACAAAAACGCAGCUAGCUAUUUAAGUGUCCUAAUUAAAAAAAUAAUGGAGAGUAAUAAAAAAACUAUCAACAUUACAUCUAAGUUAAAAAUAUUUAUGGACAUUUUUCAAACAGCUAAAAAUUCAUAUACUCAUCCAUUUGAGUUGAAAUUUCUUUCCAACAUGUUUUCCUCAUUUCAAUCCUACUGUAAUGAUAAGUAUAAGACAUACCACCUGGUGGUUUGUCACAUUAACGAUUCAGAUGAUACACUUCUAUAUGGAUUUACUCCUCUAAACAAGAAGGAUUACUGGCCUUCCGUUUUUUCUAAAAUUGCAUACAGUAAUUCGGAGCAAAUUACAUACGAUACCGUAGCCGACGUGAACACUCUGCGCAUCCGAAAAAAUGAUUUUAAGUUCAUACUUAGCGAGAUCAAAGACGUCUUCCGGGGCGUGUUGCGAUACCAGGAGAGGCGGGAGAUGGACGAGUCGGACAGCACGGAGGCGGAGAUGGAACAACAAGAAGAAGAAGAAGAAGCGGAAGAAGAGGAAGAAGAGGAAGAGGAAGAAGACGUGGUAGACGCGGUAGAGGAGAAUGAUGAAGUGCAGGAAGAAGAAGAAGCAACAGAGGAGGUAUACGCCGAAGAUGCAACCGAUGGCGCAGACGAAACCGCGCAAUGA